AUGGCGAGUCGACAUCCUAAUCGCCGCGCAACGCGAUUUGCGGUGCCCUCGAGCACGCCUCCAUCCGUUCGUAUGAAGCGCCCUGCUCAGAGCAUACCCAUCGGGGAUCCCCUACUGCACGUCUCGGUUUCCUUCGAAUGCUGCGCCUGUCUCGAUUCUUGCUCGGGCAUUCCCAUCUUCGUCGCUCAGACCGCAGUGUGCGAAGACUGCUUUGAAGACGGCAUCAAGCCACAGUUUGAAGAAGCGCUGAUUAACGAGGGGCAAUAUCCGGUGCGAUGGGGCGAUGCGAUUUUGGACCCGUUCGAUUAUGGCAUGCUUCUACCACGCGGGCUCCUCCUCUUCUAUAAACAGAAGCAAUACGAGUACCAAACCGUGGUCAAAGCGCGGCUGUAUUGCAAAGCUGUUGACCGAGGCACCAACCAAGCCUGCAAUGCGUUUGUGGGUCGAAAAAAAGCCGGAAGGCCGUUUCAAUUGACAUGCAAUGCUUGCGGCAGCCUAGCAUGCUCAAAAUGUGCCGGCGCUCUGGUCCAUUUUGGCAAGCACGUCUGCAAGACCGAUCUCGAGGUCGACCCGUUCACUGGCAUGCUGCGAGGCAAAGACUACCAGCAGUGUCCGAAUUCAUCAUGUCAGGUCAAGGUCGCGCUGUGGGACGGCUGCAAUGGCGUCAAAUGCCUGUACUUCCUGUCUCCAGAAGUCGAAGCCAGGAUCCAGCGUCGAGAGGCACUCCGUGUCGAGCAAGAACGUAUCGAAGGGAGUCCCGAAGGCCAGGUCAUGCGAAGAGAUCGACACGAGCUCCAGCGCAUCUUUGAUGCUCAUUAUGAGCAUCAAGAGCAGCGUAACGUCCUGCAACGCCUCAUCAACAACCUCGCUCCCGCAUUGGAUGCUCAUGUCGCGCAUUUGCGAACCCUGGACCGGGACACAACUCGACACCAAGAGAGGACAGUAGUGCAUGGCCGAAUGAGGGGGGUCAUCAACGGCAUACGCAUGGCUUCCGAGAGAGGUUACCUAGGCUUGCAGCCGUCUCUCAAAGCUAUCAUCUCCCGAUACAUGUUCGCCUUUGAGGGACACCAGGAAGCCAGUCUCAUGUUUGCAACACCAGAAGGCCAGCUUCGCGAUAGACACACCGAUAUGCUGCAGCAGAUUCGAACUGAAGUCCAGAGAGUGCGCUCCUCAUAUGAAGGCCAGAAUCUCCCCGUCCCUGCGUGGCUUAUUGCUUUGGAGGAGAUCUCCGGGCUACUGGAAACGGCACUGAACGUAUAUCUGGCGAACGCGAUCUCGAAUCCACAAGUGUCCCAGAUCGAGGUUUUGAUGCAUCAAUACGACUAUGACAAGAUCCAGCGUCUUAUCGAAAUGCUUUCACCGGUCGCUGUACAUCAGGCAUUGAGGGCAGCGAAACGUGGUUCAUUGUGCCCACAAGGUCAGCUCGACCGCGAGGACACGACUAUUGACAUUGUGCCAAAAGUGCUUCGUCUGACGAUACAACUCAACAAGAAAGCAUCACCUUGA